AUGUCUCGAGUCCCAUCCGUCAUCCAAGCGCCCACACCGGCCCAUGUCCAGACAUACUACUGCACCCACACCAGGUCAAACCGAUCAAACAUCGAGGCAACUGUGAGACGGCUACUUGGUGACUCGGCUGACCAGCCGCUCCGUCGACUGCCUGAGCAUGGCGAUUUGGCCAUUCCGCGCCCCCAUAGAUCGGGUGGUCCCAAGUUCUGGGUGGUCAGGAUCUCCGGUCAGCUAUCACAGGAGAUCAGGAUACCAUACUUGAAGCCGCCAGGAAAAGUGAGAGCGCUGGGUGUCAAGCUUUCAUCAAAGGUACCGAGCGUACCACUGGACUGA